CCACUCUCUCCUUCUGUUCACCUCCAUGGGUUUCAUUAAUUUUGGCUGUGCGGCACUAGCUUCUACUUAGCAUUAGCUUUGAAGCUUCCUGCUCUUUCACAGGAAGCUCACGAUGAAGCCGCCUUGCGCGAGCCAUGGAGGUAACAAUUACAGACCGUUGGAUUUGCCUCAGAGAGAGUCCUUAUAUCAUGCCGACCAGUCCAGUUUUGAGCUUCCGGAUGAUCAUGAGUAUAACUACAUGUUCGAUGAGUACUUGCUGCAGGAGGAUCCACUGUCUAAUAUUAAUGCUUCUGGGUCUGUUCAGAAUCCUCUUUAUCAAGCAAAUGAAGUGGCCGAGUCUGGUGGCAGUGGCGGGUGCAGCUACCCUGAAGGCUCUAGUACUACAACGAGAGAGCUAGAGAGUACUGGCAACGAGAGAAGGGAGGCCGUCAGAGAAAGAGUUGCGUUUAGAACAAUAUCAGAGGUUGAAGUUCUGGACGAUGGGUUCAAGUGGAGGAAGUAUGGGAAGAAGAUGGUCAAGAACAGCCCAAAUCCCAGGAAUUACUACAGGUGCUCAGUUGACGGAUGCCCUGUGAAGAAAAGAGUUGAGAGAGACAACGAGGAUCCAAGGUGUGUGAUAACAACAUAUGAAGGCGUCCAUAACCAUCAAAGCUCUUUUUAGUUCUCGUAACUGGAGUAGUGCUGCGGCACAUUGUAGAUUCGGACAUGGUACAUGCUGUCCGUACUAAAAUGUCAGGGCGCGCGAGUGAUGUGGACAUAGUUUUUGUACCAUCAUCUUCUGAUUAUGUACGAUUGAAGAUAAUAAUAAAUUAUAUUAUAUAUAUAUAUAUAUAUAUGCAGAGUUUCUAGUAA